AUGGCCGGCGUGAUCGAGCAGCUGGAUGCUCUCAUUGCAAACACUCUUUCCGCCUGGAAUCUCUACACCACCCUGAUUGCUUUGGCUUUGUUUGCAUUUGUAGCAUAUCCCCUCAUCUUUUGGGCCGAGCCCGAUACUCAUCCUCUGCUUCUUGCCCGCCAGGCCGCUGCUUCUCCUGUCCGUCAGCCCCGCGAGUCUGCCGUCUACCGCUCAACUGAAGUUCCUCACGGCUACGCCUUGAAGACCGGCCUCUCAGUCCGCGAGCCCGGUGCCCCCAAGUGGACUGCCGGUAGAGAUGGUGAUCUCAGAGACGUUUGGCGUGAGGCUGUCGGUUCCUCGUCAGCCAAGGCCACCAUCUCGUCUGUCCAUGGAAGUGACGCUCCUGUCGAGCACGACCUUGCCCAUCUCUCCAAACUCAUCAACAUCAUUGGCUCCCAUUUGCAAAAGUCAGGUGUCCAGAGGAUUGCCAUCUACUCACCAAACUCGGUCGAGUACCUCGUCACCAUCUUCGGUAAGAAGUACUACGUUGUUCCUUGGUGCCUUGUAGCUAACAGUAUUCAANNAGCAUGUUCGUUCUAUGGCCUGACCCCUGUUCUUGUUCCUUUCAAUCAGGACCAUGCUGUGGUUUGCGAGCUUCUCGAACAAACACAGGCUCAAGCCGUAAUUGCUACUGCUGGUUCUUUGCCCCUUGCCAGUCUCACUGAAGACGUUUCAUCUUUGCGUCAAGUCAUCUGGGUCACCGAUUCUGCCAACAAGCACAUGGACUGGCAAGGUGCCCCUGAACACGAGACCAAGGGCAAGCUUGCUGUGUCUGUCUGGGACAAUCUUCUGGUGGAAGCUUCCUCGACAAGUAGCGAACUGCCCAAGAAUGACGAGAGUGUUGUUCCUGGCAACUUAAUCUUCCUCUGGCAAAAGAGUUCUAAUACUCCUGCCAAGGUGACCGAGUUCACUCAGAAGGUACAAAGCCAAAGUCCGCGAUACUUUGAAACCACUUACUUACAACAUGCANNGAACAUGGUCGCUGCCAUUGCCGCUUUAAUAUCAGCCUUGCCCCUGCGUCAGCGUCUGGGCACUUCGGAUCUUGUGUUGCCGGCUGACUCGUUCAGUCAUUCCUAUGUCUUGUCGCUGACCAUGGCCGCACUCUUCAGUCACAGUUCUUUGGCCAUCAACUCUGUUGCUAGCAGCGGCGUCGAUCUUGCUCUUGCUUCUCGCGGUGUGGCGCCUACAGUACUCAUCGCUUCAUCGCAGUCUCUUGCGACCCUGCACCAGACUCACGUGUCCGGAGCGUCUUCUGGCCUUCAGAAGUUUGUACACUCAAAUCAUGGUCGUGCUCUCGCCGCUGGUCGCAUGCCUGAGGGGGACAUGUUGUACCGACUGUUCGCUCCUAAGGGCAAGGCUAUCGGCACUUCACCUGGCAAGCUGCGUCUAAUUCUCGCUUCUGAGAGAGCGGGCAACGAGACCGAAACGUUGAGCAGUGCUGCCCUCCGUGAUCUUCGCAUAAUCACACGCUCUAGAAUCUGCUAUGCUCUGACGGCUCCCUCGGUGGCCGGCGCUGUUGCACAAACCAACAUCUACGACUACAGGCACGAGGACCGACCAGGACACAGCCACUUUGGUGCGCCUCUGAGCAGUGUCGAGAUCAAGCUCGUGGACAAGGAUGAUAGGAAGGUCGACGGUAGUACACCAUCAGGCGAGAUUGUCGUCUCUGGUCCUGCUGUUGUUGGAGGUGAAAGUAACCUUGGAGUGAGGGGCGUCUUCCGCGAGGACUGCACCUUGGGUUAUGCGUAA